CGCGGUCUAGGUAUAAUGAAGGAAUCGCAUGUUGCACCUAUAAAAACUAGAAAAGCUACAUUCAGUCAGAGGUCAUCUUAUUUUGAUAGGGAGAAUGAACUCAGUGCUGUUGAUACGUUCAGAGGAUUCUACACUCUUUUUUGGAUAUUUGCUGCCAUGAUGGGAAUUCGUACAGCAGUCGAAUCAUACGAUGCAACAGGUAGUUUAUUGGGGCUGACUUUCGGUAGAUUGAUCAGCAGGGAUGGUGUAGUCUUGGCUAUAUCAGAUGCAGUGCUCGUAUGCUCAACUUCUAUUUCUUUUGUCUUCAUAAAAGCCAUCCAACAUGGUUGGAUCAGAUACAAUGUCAUUGGUCUCACUAUUCAACAUAUAGUUCAGGUCUUCUUCCUAGCUAUACCCGUAUUUUGGUCCUGUCAAAGGAAUUGGCCAUGGGUUCAAUCUGGUUUCUUAACGCUCCAUUCAUUGACCAUGAUUAUGAAGAUACACUCUUACAUGGCUACAAAUGGUUACUUCGCUAAUGUUCUCGGUCAAAUAAAGUCAUUAGAGGCACAGCUUGCAAACCUCAACGCAAGCGCGCUUAAAGCAAGCGAUGAACAGAAAGUAGCCCAAGACGAAGAGAAAUCAGGAGAUCUUAAGAAGCGUAAACCGUUCAGCAAUGUCAAGGAGGAAGAAAAUGAAACGAACAAUGGAGUAUCAACUCCACUUGGAUCUAACGAAAUUGAAACAGCAGAUGUCAAAGACGUCAGCGAACAUCCACUUACUCACGCACCAAAUCCUGACAUUGCAAAAGUUGCUUCUGAAAUAAACGAACUCAAAUCACACAUUACUUCUCAAGGUCCUUCCAAAAUAUCAUACCCAAAUAACGUAACAUUUGGUAAUUUCUUAGACUACCUUCUUGUUCCUACGUUAGUUUAUGAAUUGGAGUACCCUCGUACUGAGAAAGUAAGAUUGUGGUAUGUUAUCGAGAAGACAUUGGCUACCUUCGGUACUUUCUACAUACUUUACGUCAUAAGCGAGCACUACAUUUCACCAAAGAUGCCACGUCCAGAAGAAUCUUUCGCCAGAACAUGGCUAGAUCUCUGUAUACCAUUUCUGUGCAAUUACGUGCUAUUGUUCUACAUCAUCUUUGAAUGUAUCUGCAAUGCCUUUGCAGAAUUAACAAGAUUCGCUGAUAGGGAGUUCUAUCAAGAUUGGUGGAAUGCAACGACAUGGGAUCAAUUUGCGCGCAAGUGGAACAAACCUGUACAUAUGUUCCUCUUAAGACACGUUUAUGUUUCGACUAUAUCCACAUACAAGAUAUCCAAACAAUCAGCGACACUUUUGACUUUCUUGCUUUCAGCACUCGUUCAUGAGCUCGUAAUGGCAGUUGUAACAAAGAAGAUCAGAAUGUACCUAUUCAUGUUACAGAUGGCACAACUACCAAUGAUCGCGAUUGGUAGAUUACCUGUUGUAAGAAGGUAUCCAGCGUUCGCGAACAUGUUCUUCUGGCUUGGACUAAUGUCAGGGCCACCAUUGCUAGCAGUAGGAUAUAUGAAAUAUUAAUUUGUUUUACUUGUAAACUAUUAUUUAAUCACGAUGUCU